UGAGAUGGGAACACGAAGCACAACCACAGGAGAGGAACGGGGAAUGUCUGGAUAAACUGUACAUUGACACGGAACCGCGAAAACAUGGGGUAACAAGGCAAAACAAAUUAGACUUAAUUAUCUAUUUCGAAUAGCAACAGGAGAAAGGAAUUUUUGUCGUGGGAAAAUUAUAUCGUUCUCGGGUUUCUCUCUUUUUAUGCCAUUCUCCUUGGACGCUGCUGGUACAAAGGGCUAGGAACAACUGGAGGCGAUAAUGGAACAGGGAUGUUGUCAUGUGAAUGAACGAGGAUCAUCAAUGAUGGAAUAAAGUGAAUUGAAUUAGAAAAUGUAAAAUUCUCUAGGUACAUUCCGAUUUUCCCCUGUUGGAAACUGGAUGAUAGGCGAGAAAUACGGCUACUGGUGACAUCACCCGGGUCAGAUCUGUAUUGCUAUACAGUAAAUGUCAACAAUGGUGGAGCCGGUGGGAUUUAUUGAAGCGUGGAAAGCUCAGUUUCCCGAGUCAGACCCCCCAAAGAUGGAGCUCAGGUCGGUGGGGGGCAUUGAGCAGGAGCUGGAGAAGUGCAAAGUCUCCAUCCGGCGGCUGGAGAUGGAGGUGAACAAGGAACGCUUCCGUAUGAUCUACCUGCAGACACUGCUGGCUAAGGAGAGGAAGAGCUAUGACCGCCAGCGCUGGGGUUUCAGGAAGGCCCAGAUGAAUGAGGUAGGGGACCAGGCAGGGCUGGGCGCUGAGUCUCAGCAGCCACACGUACAGGAACAAGGGGAGCGGAGCCGGUUCCAACCGGUGGGGGAGGCCAGGUCCAAACAGAGACUCCCUACAGCCCGGAAGUCAGCCUCCCACGGUGACGAGCUGGAGCUCCAGUCUGCCUUCGAGGUGCUCCAGCAGGCAGAGCCCUGCGAGACAGACGGCCUCUCGCCCUCCAAACAGAAAGGGGGUAUCUCCCCUCGCCGUCCAAACCCACCCUCAAACAAGGACCUAGCGUCUGACCCCAAUGACAAGCUUGGCAUGGGACUGGGGGUGGCAGCGCUGAGGUCCAACUUUGAGAGGAUCAAGUGGGCCAACUCUCACUCUGCCGGGGAUGGAGGGAAGAGCCAGGAGAAGCAGCAGCCCUUCUACACCAACAUGGACUUUCACCAUGACAGGGGCCUGGUCAGGGUCAACGACCGAGACGUCUCUGACAAGAUCAGCACCCUGGGCAGCCAGGCCAUGCAGAUGGAGCGCAAGAGGUCCCUGCACUCUCUGCCAGGCAACCUGGCCACUGUGGCAGGUGAGCUCCGCACCCGUCCUGUCUACAGGGGGCGCUCUACAGAGAGCACUUGUGGGUACGAUGCUGAGUAUGAGGACGGGGACCCCAACCCACGCCACCCCAAGACCAACGGGGGAAAACAGCCCCCUCCACCCCCAUGGCAACCCUCUGACUUCCAGCCUUACACCAGCGUCUACGUGGGCGGGGUGAUGAUGGGCGAGGGCGGGGGGGAUGGGAAAGUGGGCGUCACCAUGAGGGACCACGUUGGAGACGAGCACCACCUGACCUGGCCCCGGCGCUCCUACUCUCCCGGGAGCUUUGAGGACGUGGGGGGCGGAGGCGGCGGCUACACACCAGACUGCAGCUCCAAUGAGAAUCUGACAUCCAGCGAGGAGGACUUCUCGUCUGGCCAGUCCAGCCACGUGUCGCCCAGCCCCACCACGGCCUACCGCCGGCCUUUCAGGGAGAAGAGCCGCUCGCCCUCGCAGAACUCACAGAACUCCCAGCAUUCUAUUGACAGCAGCAGCCCCCCCACGCCACAGUCCCAGAAGCGUCCCCACCGCCAGCAGGGCCACGUGGUCAUGUCCGAAGCCACCAUCGUGAGCGUCCGUAAGACCGGCCAGAUCUGGCCCCCGCUUGACCCGGACACCACGCCGACCAGCAGAGACCCUCAUGACAGCAGUUUCCAUGGAGACCUGGACGGUCCGUUCACGGGGACCCCUCCCACUUAUGGUUAUGAUGCAGACCGUGCGGAGGAGCAGAGGCGCCACCAUGACAUCCUGCCCUACAUCGACGACUCGCCCUCCUCCUCGCCACACCUCAGCUCUAAGAGCCGAGACACCCUCUCCUCUGGAUCCCUCGAGUCCUCCAAGUCGACGGAGUUGGACCUGGAGAAAGGCCUGGAGAUGAGGAAGUGGGUUCUGUCUGGGAUCCUGGCCAGCGAGGAGACCUACCUCAGCCACCUGGAGGCACUGCUACUGCCUAUGAAGCCUCUGAAGGCAGCAGCCACCACGUCCCAGCCUGUGCUGACCAUCCCCCAGAUCGAGACCAUCUUCUUCAAAGUGCCUGAGCUCUACGAGGUCCACAAGGAGUUCUACGACGGCCUGCUCCCCCGGGUGCAGCAGUGGAGCCACCACCAGCGCGUGGGGGACCUCUUCCAGAAACAGGCCAGCCAGCUGGGAGUGUACCGGGCCUUUGUGGACAACUACGAGGUUGCCGUGGAGACGGCGGAGAAGUGCUGCCAGGCAAACACGCAGUUCGCUGAAAUCUCUGAGAACCUCAAGGUGAGGAGCACCAAAGAUGUGAAGGACCAGUCAGCCAAGAACUCCCUGGAGACUCUCCUGUACAAGCCAGUGGACCGAGUGACCCGAAGCACCCUGGUUCUGCACGACCUGCUGAAGCACACGCCCUGCAGCCACCCGGACCACCCUCUGCUCCAGGACGCGCUCCGCAUCUCCCAGAACUUUUUGUCCAGCAUCAACGAGGAGACCACGCCCAGACGCCAGUCCAUGACCGUCAAGAAGGGAGAGAACCGCCAGCUGCUGAAGGACAGCUUCAUGGUGGAGCUGGUGGAGGGAGCCAGGAAGCUCCGGCAUGUUUUCCUCUUCACCGACCUGCUGCUCUGCGCCAAGCUCAAGAAACAGAUUGGAGGGAAGAGUCAGCAGUAUGAUUCCAAGUGGUACAUCCCUCUGUCAGACCUGACCUUCCAGAACGCAGAUGAGUCUGAGCCUCUGCACAUCCCCCAGGUGCCUGACGAGGAGCUGGACGCCAUGAAGGUCAAGAUCUCUCACAUCAAGAGUGAGAUCCAGAGAGAGAAGAGAGCCAACAAAGGGUCAAAGGUGAUUGAACGGUUGAGGAAGAAGCUGUCGGAGCAGGAGUCUCUUCUGCUGCUCACCUCCCCCGGUAUGGCCCUCCGAGCACACAACAGGAACGGCAAGGGUUACACGUUCCUGACGUCAUCCGACUACGAGCGGGCCGAGUGGAAGGAGACGAUCCGGGAACAGCAGAAGAAAUGCUUCAAGAGCUUCUCCCUGACCUCCAUGGAGCUACAGAUGUUGACCAACUCCUGUGUGAAGCUGCAGACUGUCCACCACAUCCCGCUCACCAUCAACAAAGAAGGUCAAGAAGAUGAAUCGCCUGGCCUCCAUGGAUUCCUGAAUGUAAUCGUCCACUCUGCCUCGGGCCUCAAACAGAGCCUGAAUCUGUACUGCACGUUAGAGGUGGACUCCUUUGGCUACUUUGCGAACAAAGCCAAGACGCGGGUUUAUCGGUACACCACAGAGCCCAAAUGGAACGAGGAGUUUGAGAUAGACCUGGAGGGCUCUCAGACCCUGAGGCUGUUGUGUUAUGAGAAGAGCUACAACAAGACCAGGCAGAUCAAAGAGGACGGAGACAGCACCGACCGUAUCAUCGGCAAAGGACAGAUCCCGCUGGAUCCACAGACGCUCCAAGGCAAAGACUGGCAGAGGACGCUUAUCCCCAUGAACGGGAUCGAGGUGAAGCUCUCUAUGAAGUUCACCAGCCGGGAGUUCAGUCUGAAGAGGAUGCCGUCGCGGAAACCAAUGGGCGUGUUCGGAAUCAAGAUCUCCACGGUGACCAAACGGGAGCACUCCAAGGUGCCCUACAUCGUCAGACAGUGUCUGGAGGAGAUUGAGCGGAGGGGGAUGGAGGAAGUGGGCAUCUACCGGGUCUCAGGGGUGGCUACAGACAUCCAGGCCCUGAAGGCUGCCUUUGACACCAACAACAAAGACGUGUCUGUGAUGAUGAGUGAGAUGGAUGUGAACGCCAUCGCCGGGACUCUGAAGCUGUACUUCAGAGAGCUGCCAGAACCCCUCUUCACCGACGACCUGUACCCCAACUUCGCAGGAGGCAUUGCCCUGUCUGACAGCGUUGCCAAAGAGAGCUGCAUGCUGAAUCUACUGUUGUCGCUGCCAGAACCCAACCUGGUCACGUUCCUUUUCCUGCUGGAUCACUUAAAGAGGGUGGCUGACAAGGAGAGCAUCAACAAGAUGUCCCUCCACAACCUGGCCACGGUGUUUGGCCCCACCCUGCUGCGUCCUGCGGAGAAGGACAGCAUGAUCCCCACCAACCCCACGCAGCCUAUCAGCAUGGGAGACAGCUGGUCCCUGGAGGUCAUGUCACAGGUCCAGGUGUUGCUGUACUUCCUCCAGCUGGAGACCAUCCCCACGCCGGACAGUAAGCGUCAGAGCAUCCUUUUCUCCACCGAAGUGUAGAGGGUUCCACAGGGAGAUAGAGACUCGAACCCGAGUCUACAGUACAGUAUGGCCACUGAGAGUGAGAAUGGCCCUCGCUGGACUGGACUGCAGCAGGAGAUUUCUUCGGCGUUGAUUCUGGACACAUCCUGCAGAGGGCGCCACCACCCCCUCCGAGAACAAGAGGUUGACACCAGUACCACACAUCUGAUGAUGAUAAUGCAUUAUUACAUCACACCCAAUAGCCAGUGUGACUCUCUGUGCCUCUCUGACGCAACACAUUCUCCUCUCCUCCUCGCUCUGUCUUUUCGCUCUCAUGUCAAAGCUCCACAGCUUGUGUACGGUGUCUGGAAUGAAUGCCACUACUGGACAUGCCCGCUGUAACCACAAAUGAAACACUUCAAUUUGAUACUGAUAAGCAUGUAGGGGAAAAGAGUGUCCCAGGUUAGUUUAGAGUUUUUUUGGUAUCGGCUCCUGCUUGGUAAGCAGAGAAACAGCUAUCGUGUAACUUGUGACAGAUUCUGUGAUUUCUCAUCACACUUUCGGGCUUCUGCAGUUUAAGUUAUUGUUGUGGAAGGUCAUUCUGAGUUCUUCUCGAUUUAGUGUGAAGACUUGUACAGGCAGAGCAGAAAGCCAAUGCUUUUGUUGUUUUCGUUUUGUACUGUAUGCCUCUUCAGAAAUAGCCAGAUUGUGAUGGACCUCACAUACACAGUAUAUUUGUUUUUGGACAAUUAUGAAGGCAAGAGCCUGCGCUGCGUUUUGUUUAGCCAUCUCAAAUGUUUGAUUCAUUUCUUAAUCCACCGCUGGAGAGAUUCAAUACGUAUGUUUUACACGUGAUACACUGGGACCACAAUGCUAAGGUUACGUUGAAAAGGAACAUCCAGAACUGCCAGGAUCACCACACAGUUGUCCCAGGAAUCCAGAACACACACACACACACACACACACACACACACACACACACACACACACACACACACACACACACACACACACACACACACACACACACACACACACACACACACACACACACA